UUUUCCGACGAACGACGACUGUCUUGUCGAGUCCAGGCCAGAAAGAAAACACGCCGAAAAGUUUAGAAGUUUUUCCGUUGACGGAAGAAAGAAGUUGCGGACAGUUUUAAUUGUCUAGUCAGGAUUUUGUGGCGUAAUCUCGUGAUCUUGAACUGGAUAGUUUUAAGUGAAAAAGUUAGUUUGCUGAGAAUUGAGAAAUACUGACUCGAUUUCUAACGCCGCUAAGUGACAGUUUAUUAACUGGACUCGUAUUGGCUCUUUAUUUUUAUAUACGAUAAAGGUCCAAGUCCCUCGCCUUAAAAGCACUAUAUAUUCAAACCCAACGCCGUCUAGACAACAUCGUUUUCAUCCAAAACUUUGUGUCCAACACCACCAGCCACAUUUUCACAUUUACCACCAUCACCACCUUCUUUCCUUCGUCUUCACAUAGAGAGAGAGAGCAUCGCACUUGAAAUUCUCGACGUACCGUUGAAGAAACUACACAGUGAGCGUGAAAAAAAAGCAGCAAAGAACAUAAAGGCGAUGUUCUAAACGCGACUGGUCCAUUUCAGUCGGAAAAUUUAAUUACGCGGCUUAAAGCCGCAUUUACAUGAAGAGAGCCGAAGGCGGCGGGAAUAAUAGCGAGGCUGUGCCGCCUCGCGUCUGAAGGUUUUUAUGUGUUAAUGUGGCUUAGGAGAACGGUUUCUAGCGAGAGUGUGACGUAGUGUAGACAAAAAGAAGAUGGUGGAUUUUUUAACGAUGCCGCUGUAUUAUCUGCUUGUCUUCGCAUUUUUAAAAGCUGUAACAUCAGCUGGAGCAGGCUUAAAAUGGGUGCGAGUGAACGUACCGCAGUACAGAGUACCUGGUGAGGUUGCUCAAUUGCAGUGUGAUUACGACUUGGGAAAUGACACACUGUAUUCGGUGAAGUGGUACAAGGAGCACGAAGAAUUCUACAGGUUUGUGCCAAAAGCAUUACCACCUGCUAAUUCGUAUAAAGUGGAUGGAGUACAUGUAGACAUGACUAAGUCGGACAACAGGAAAGUGGUGCUUCAUUCCGUCAACUGGAAGAGUAGCGGACUUUUUCGAUGUGAAGUGUCAGCAGAGGCGCCAUCUUUUGCUUCGGCACAGAGCGAGGCCAGAAUGGAAGUCGUGUCACUUCCGGACGAGGAUCCCGUCAUUUCCGGUGUGGAGGAACAAUAUCAGAUCGGGGACGAGAUAAACUUGAAUUGCACUUCUGGCAGGAGUCGACCAGCGUCUAUUCUACACUGGUACAUAAACGAACAACAGAUCCAAAAGGACGAAGCAUUGAUCAAGUACCCUAUAGAACAUCACGCAAAAGGUCUUGUCACGAGUACAUUGGGCCUGAGAUUCAUUCUGAGCAACAGACACUUUCUUGGUGGGUCAAUGAGAGUGAAAUGUGUCGCAUCAAUAGCACCGGUACUCUUCAGUGAGGAUAGAGAAGCAGUAGUGCACAGUCUGCCCGUAAUGAGGGACAUGCGCGAGGCCCUUUUAUUGGGUGAGUGGUCCAUUGCUUCUUCACACGUGACACAUAUUCAGGUGAAGAGCGCCUCGAGUCAAGUCGGCAUAUCCAGACUUUUUUACUUGUUUAUAAGUAUAGUGUUUUAUUUAAUAUUAUAAAUUAAUUUGUAAUAAUAUAAAUACCUAAAAAACCUAUAAAAAUCUUUGUAAACGUAUAACUCUUUUGUGAUCAACUACCCCUAAAAAGACUUUAAUAUUAUCAUUGAGAUUAUUAGUGAAAAAUAAGAAAUUUAAAUGCUGUUAGAUUGGAACCUAAUUUACUAAAACAAAUAUUUAUAUUUCCUAUACAGGGUGGUCCAAAUUGUAUCCGGGAAAAUACAACAGCAUAUUCUUCAGAUAAAAAUAUAAAAAAAUAUAAAUAUAAUAUAUAUUAAUAAAAAUAUAAAUAUGAUAUAAACAUUUCGUACAUUUAUGUCCUAAAGUAGCUUCGUUUCGGAUGUAUAGAAGUUUCAUUUAUGUUUCAAUCUCUUUCAAAUAAUUUCUGAACUAACGUUGAUAUUUGGAUAAAAAUUGGAAUUUGGAUUUUUUUUGAACAUGAGAAAUUUGAUUUCAGUGACAAUGCGAUUCCUACUUUUAGUGAGCGCUACCUACAUACUUUUUAACUGGUUUAAAAAGUAAUAACCUUUCGUUCGUACUUGUAUAAAAAAACUACUGAGUAAAAAAUAUACAUUUCCGUCGUUUUUUACAUAAAAGUAAUGGUUCUCGAGAUAUUUGAAUCAAAGUAAUCAGUGCAUGACAUCCUUUAGAAAAAAAAAACAAUUUGACGUUAUAUUUACAGAUGAUGAUAAAUUUCAUAUGCCAGAGGUCCAACACAAACUGUUUGAGCGUGACUCUAGAAAAAAUCAUGAUUAAUUUAAGAAUUUCUAAAUUUAUCAUUUUUUAUCUCUUUAGUCUAGUCAAUAAUGUAAUAAUGAUGAUCAUUUAUAUUAAAAAUAUCUUGAGAACGGUCACUUGUAGCGAUUUUUACAAAGAAACUUAUUUCUAAAAAGUAUAAUGUACGAGUAUAUUUUUUACUCAGUAGUUUUAUGUACGUACGGACAAUAAGUUAUUGCCCACUUUCCAAACCAGUUAAAAAUAUGUAGGUGGCGCCCCCUGCAAGUAAGAGUCAUAUUGACAUCCAAAACCAAAUAUCUGAUGUCAAAAAAUCCCUUACAACAAUUUUUAUCCAAAUAUCGACAUUAGUUCACAUACCAUUUUGAAAAAUUCAAAUAAAAAUAAAACGCCUAGAGUAUAAAUUUAUACGAACUUUUUACUUAUUUUUAUCUGUAAAAUAUGCUGCCAAAGUUUUGCAAAUACAAUUCGGACCACCCUGUAUAUUUAUUUAACAAAUAGAUCAAUGUCAUUUAAUGUUAAUGAAAACCAAAAGAUAUCAGAAAUACCUUUAACAUCACAUAUACACUACAAUAAUAUUAGUAAUUGUAGUAGUGUAGUAAUAAGUAAUUUAAAUUGUAAGAACGUUACCUUUGAUGACAUUUGAUGACAUUUCAAAGAUUUUUUCGAAACUAAAUUUAAAUAAUACUUUUUACGUAGCAAUAAUAAGUUGAAAAUAUCUACACAUUAAUGAUAUUGAUGUAUUUGAUAAAACAAGUCUCAACAUUUAUUGCUAUUAAAUUAAUUAUAUUCUAUAUUAUGAUUUUGUUUAAAAGAUUUGUAAAACUUAGUCUGACAAAUUUUAUCCUAGCUUGUAAAGAAAAAUUAAUUAUUUAUUACUGACAAUCUAGAUCGAGUUGACAAAGAGUCUCUUUGUAACGUUUGUAGAAAUAUUAAAUUUAAAACUUAACUUUAGAUCUCUGAUGUAACGGUAAAUCUUGGAACAGUCAAAGAUAUUUUGAUAAUUAAAUUUACUCUAAUUAAAUGCAAUAUGGAUGUAAAUAAUUAAUAAAAUGAUAUUGAUUUAGCCUCUAUAUAAUAUAAUGUUGUUUAUUUACGUUAGCUUUAACUGUAUAUACACACUGGCUAAACUAUGUAAUCUAUAACACGGUCUAUGUGUUAAAUAUGUGAUAGCUAUCAUUCUUUUUUUCAAUAAUUGUACACUAAAUUAAUAUGCCUAAUUGUAUGCCUUCUUAAACUAUAGUAAAACUGAAAAUCUGUAAUGUUUUUAUUUAUAUGAACUAUUUUACUCUUUAUGUCCAUUAGGUAAUUCAAAAAUACAUUAAUUGCACAUAAUCAUUAAUAUUACACAUUAUCAUUAAUUGCAAUAAUGUGCAACCUGUUGUAAACUUUAUUUAAUUUCAAUAUUCAUAAUAAUAUUAUUGAUUUUUUUUUAUCUUAAUACAAGUUCUACAAACCGAAAAUAGAUACAGCAACAACGUCCAAAACUAAUUUGAAUAGUUAUACCCUUGAUUGAAUAAAUAAGUUGCCUUAUUACAACCUUAUAGGCGAUUUUGUGGCACAAAAACUGUUCGUGAUGUAGCUUGCGUUACCAUCAGCCUGUCCGAGAAUUCCGAGAUUUACAUUUGCUCUGCACCACUGCGCGCUGAGAGUCUUUUACAGCGCAGCGGAUAAAGAAUACUGUACCGUAGUUCUGUUUUCAGUCAACAGAGUGAGUGGUUUCCGGAGAGAGUAUUGUCAAAGCUAGUGAUUAAUCCGUAGAUUUACGGAUUUUGGGUUACAGUAAAUUAAUAAUACGAAUUUUCUAUCAAUA